AUGGCGUCACCGGCGCCGUCGGGAGUCGCGGCGAUGAGUGCGUCGCUGGUGACGGUCGGGAACCCGCUCCGCUCGGGCAGACAACGCGCCGCGUUGCCGCCCGCGGCGAGGACAGCCACCGCCAAACGACACCGCGGGGAGGGGCGAAUUGCCGCCAAAUCCCUCCUCCGGGCGACGGCGGCGACGCGGGCGUGGCCUGUGCACAUUGACCGUUACGACCGUUACGACAGUCGCCGCGUCGCCGCGGGCGCAUCUAGCGACGACGAAACCCGCGCGUCGAAAGAGGAGGACGAGAAGACGAGCGCGCGGUCGUCGUCGAGCUCGAGCUCGAACCCGUCGUCGUCCGCCGACGCGAAUUCGUCGUCGUUCGCCGACGAGAUCGCCGCCAUGACCGGAGACGUGCCGCCGGACCCGACGCUGGCGCUCGAGAAACAGCGCGCCAGGGACGAGGCGGACGCGGCGGACCUCGCGAACGCGGUGGACGAACGCGUCGAACUGCCCCCGGACACGAUCGCGCCGAUGCCCGAGUGGAUGUACCCGAGACGCCUGGACUCCAUCCCGGCGCUCUUCGGACGUUUGAACCCGCUCACCGGAGUGCUGGUGUACUACACGGGCGCGGUGCUGAGGGAAUGUUCCGGGCAACCCGCGGUGGCGCUGCAGUGGAUGCUGUUCGUGUUUUUCCCAUCCUGCGCGGCGCUCUCGUUCGCUCGUAAGUUUUGGUACGAAUCGAUCGGGAAGAGAGAAUUGAAGAGAGCGACGGAGCGAGGAGAACCGCCGCCGCCGCCGCGUAUGGAGUUUAACCGCGAGCAACGCGCGGCGUGGCUCGACCUGCACCUCGGGUACGCCAUCCUCGCCCCCGCGGGAGCCGCCGGGGGCGAGGGCGCCAGCUGGUGGCUCCUGCUCGCGCCCUUUUUCAUGCUCAUGCGGUAUUUGUGCGCCAAGAUUGGAUUUCUCACGCAACCGCGACGGUGGUUCGCAGUCGUCGGCGGCGCGGCGGCGCUCGCGGCGCUGCUCAUGUCCGCGUCCGGGACGCUCACGCAGGCGCUCGGAGGGCUACGGGGCGGGGGAUACCUCGGGUACGUCCUGGCGCCCUUGACGUUCGCGUUGGUGUACGUUUUUUACCUCGCGCCCGCGGCGCUCCUACCCGGCGCCAUCGCCAGGGCGUGGCGCGGGGAAGGGUACUCGAAACCCCGGCGAAGAUUGGCGAACCCUAAUCCCGACCCUGAGGCUUCCGCGGAGGAGGCGAGGGCGCGGAAGGCGUGGACGGUGAUCGGCGUCGUCGCCAUGGGGAUCAGCCUCGCGACGGGCAGCGACGUGCCCGUGUUUCUGUGCUUCUUCGCGCAGCUCUUCAAGGCGGAUCCGAGUAAAUUAAUGCAGGUGAUGAUCGACAAAGGAGAGCCCGCGAGGGCGGAGAUGGACCAGGCCAUCGCGGACAAGGCGGCGGGUCUGUUCAAGCGGAAGGGGGAGGAACCGAGCGGCGGCGAAGAGCGCGACGGCGGGAAGGAGGGGGACGAAAAGGAGGGUACCGACGGGCCGUCCUCGCCGGCGCCCGCGUGA